GAAGCGAUGGAGGAAGAAUCAGUGCAGAGUAACGAGGGUGAGGCAGAGGAUCACGAGGAGGAAGAGGCCGCCGAAGAGACAGCAUCGGAGCAGUGCCGAACGAUAAAGCGCAAGAAAGGCUCCAAGAAAGGUCGGUGGAAGAAGAAGAAGGAGGUAAGCAGUAGCAUCGACCCGAACACCAGCUCGGCCGAGGUGUGCACGAUGCUCGGCCUCACCGACGUGCCAAACAAUUUCACCGAGGACGACUACAAUUCCAUCACAUCCGCAAAGGGCAGUUGCAUCACUUUGCUACUGCUGCUGCUGAUGAUGACGAUGAUGCUGUUUCCAUCGCUUCUUCUGCUCUGUAUUUUGUGCACAGAAGUACCAGCUGUAUCACACUGA